AUGAAUAACGCGGUUUUUGGAAAAACUAUGGAAAAUAUUCGCAAGAGGGUUAAUAUAAGGCUAUUAACAGAAUGGUCUGGACGGUAUGGUGAUGAGGCAUAUAUUAGUAAACCAGAAUUCAAAAACUGCGCCAUCUUCAACGAAAAUUUAGUUGCAGUAGAAUUACGUAAACUACAAGUAUAUCUGAACAAGCCUAUCUAUGUUGGUCAAGCUAUCCUUGAUCUUGCGAAGACAACGAUCUAUGAUUUUCAUUAUGGCUAUAUGAUUAGCGCUUUUGGUGAUAAUGGCUCUGUUCUCUAUACCGAUACAGAUAGUCUUAUUUACGAAAUUCGAAAUCAAGAUCCAUAUGAGAUUAUAAAACGGGAUUGUUACACCCAUUUUGAUACAUCCGACUACCCCAGCAACAAUAUUUAUAAUAUUCCUCUUGUAAAUAAAAAAGUAUUAGGUAUGAUGAAGGAUGAAAAUAAUGGUGUUCCAAUGACUGACUAUGUGGGCUUAGGUCUAAAUUGUACUCCACGAAGGUGA